AUGGCUGCUGUGGUGGAUAACUUCGAGGGCCCUCCUGCCCCCCCGCCGGGUAAACCUGGUGGCGGAUACUGGCCAAACCCCCCUCCAGACAGACAGCAGCAAAAGAGAAAGCACAAGCAUAAGCCGUGUGGUCGCUGUGGCAAGGACGACCGCACUAGAGAUGAGCACGACGAGCGGACAUAUAUGAACGCCAUCGAGGUUCUGGUGAGUAACACUUUGGACUGUGCAGAAAGUCUGUCUGAGCAAGCUGACACGAUGGUAGAACGAGUUUUGUGGAAACGCCAGAGCUCUGACCGCCAUACCUCGUGUCCACCCACCUACCAGGUUGCUCCCGCAGCCGUGAAAGGUGAAGGACGGAAGAACAGACGGGUCGACGUCCGCCUCCCUCAGGAGCGUAGACGUCGGCGGCGGCAGCAGCAGCAGGUUGAGCAGCAUCUCGCUCUCACUUCGCAGACGCUGGAUCAGGGAGUGAAUAUGCCCCUCCAGCUGGCCCCGCAGCCGCAGCCGCAGCCGCAUGUUCAUCAGCAAGGGGGUGGGGAUUCAGGUCCCGCCCCAGCGACCCAAGGAGCCACCCCUGCCCCCAACCAUGGAGGACAGACACCAUGGUGA